UUUUCAUGGAUGUUGGGUUAUGAAAAGUCGAGGGUUGGCAGAAGUUGAGCUGUCGCUGUCAGCUGUUCUGUGUUUUCAUCUACGUCACAUCAUCUGCUCCAUUAUUAAGAUGUCUUACGCCUAUUUAUUCAAGUACAUCAUCAUUGGAGAUACGGGUGUGGGCAAAUCAUGCCUCCUACUGCAAUUUACAGACAAGCGCUUCCAGCCAGUCCAUGACUUGACCAUUGGUGUAGAGUUUGGUGCUCGUAUGAUCACAAUUGAUAACAAACAGAUCAAACUUCAGAUCUGGGACACAGCUGGUCAGGAAGCAUUCAGAUCAAUUACUCGAUCAUAUUACCGCGGUGCUGCAGGAGCUCUUUUAGUUUAUGACAUCACAAGACGAGAAACUUUUAAUCAUCUUACGCAGUGGCUUGAAGAUGCUCGCCAACAUUCAAAUUCUAAUAUGGUUAUAAUGCUUAUCGGUAACAAAAGUGAUUUAGAGUCAAGGCGGGAAGUGAAAAGAGAAGAAGGGGAGGCAUUUGCUCGUGAACAUGGUUUAAUCUACAUGGAGACGUCUGCAAAGACAGCUGCUAAUGUAGAGGAAGCUUUCAUUAAUACUGCUCGAGAAAUUUAUGAGAAGAUCCAAGAAGGAGUUUUUGAUGUUCAUAAUGAGGCUAAUGGCAUCAAAAUUGGUCCCCAACAUGCACCAAGUGGCGCUGGGCUUACAGGGAACCAAGGUGCGGCAGGAGGUCAAGGAGGUGGCUGUUGCUAAUCUUGAUCUCCCCUGGACUACAGUGACUAAGGUCGAUAUGUGGAAUUUACAUGAUAAGAGUCCAACUAAAAUUAUCCAUAGAAAAAAAUAAAGGUUAAUACUGUAUUGUACAUGGGUGAUGACUCAAAGCAUAGCUUGCCCUCUGAUACUGGCAAUUACUGUCCAGGGCCAUGUUCUCUUCAGCAUUCUCUGAUUAUUAAUGGUACCAAAGCCAAAGGGACUUGAUUGCAGCAGAGAGUGUUAAUGAGUAUCAGCAGUUCUUCACAGUGAUUAUUACUGUCGCUGCUCAGUUGUGAUCCAUCUUGUCAGUUUGAAGAAAAUUGUGAUUUGAAGAAAAGUAAAUUUAUAUAAAGUUCAUAAAGUAUAUGGCUGUAGUAAGUAAUUAUCCUUUAAAAUUUCAGUGGUAUGUCAGUAAGCUCUUAAUUGCAUAUUAAGUAAAUGCCAGAAUAGGUUGUGCUCUUAUGACAUGUCUCAAGACAAAAUCACAAAACAAUUUUGGUAUAUAUAUAUAUAUAUACAUGAGCUCUGCAAUUCUGGGUAGUUAUACAUUCAGAUAUAUUAUAUUACUGUAAUAGAUAAGAGAAUCCUGAAACGAAACAAGAGGGAGAGGACAUUAAAGGUACAUUAGUUGGCCAAGAGAAAUCCAUUAGGUGAAAGGAAUUAGUGCCAUAAAUAGCAGUGGGAUAGUGUUGUACGAUUGUCACUCUGACAUAAUGGCCAUCUUCCACUGUGAUGCAGAGGAUUUAUCAGCAAGGAAUUAGAAAUUUCAUAUUACUAUUUUUUAUACACAAAUGGAUACUACUAUAUAGUAUACAUAUUGGUUUGUAUAUUUGUGUAUGCUAUAUAAUUAUAAUUGAACAGGGUUGGUUUAUACAGCUAUUGAACUAGACUUGUCAAUUUGGGUAACGGCUAGCAUAGUAGAAAAAAGAUGGUUAUAUUGUCAUAGCAGACAUAUAGUGGCUUCUGCUUGUAUGGCACUGGUUACUGAAUCUCUAUGGAUAUAUUGUAUGGUUUCUGGAAUGUGUAGACUGUGUAGUGUAAACAUUGUUAGUAUGAUGAGUAUACUGUAUUACCCUCAUAGGAUAAAAUACUAACACAGUUCCAUAGAAUUUUGUGAUUAUUUCUUCAGGUCAAUUUCUGUGCAACAAUUGCCAUUCUUACUAUUUUGGUUAGGGUAAUUAUCAAGAACUAGCACAUUUAUAAUAAUAAUAAUACCAAGCACAUUUUUGGUAGAUAACUUCUUAGUGCUCCCUCAUAGAUUUAUUUCUCUAAAAAUGAAUGAAUGAAAGCUUCCUCAUUCAUGUUAGAAAAUUGGCAAGUUUUGCCAACAAACAACUUUACGUGUUGGUGCAGUUGAUUUAAAUUAUUUUAAUUUGUGUAUUUUCAAUAGCACUUUGCCUCUUGUCAAUGGCAUUCUUAGUCAAGCUUAAGUCUUUCCUUGGCAUGUUUAAUAUAUGUUCCAGUGAUAAAGUUUUCAUAUGUUAUGAUUAUAUAACCAGGCCAAGGGCUGUAUGAACUGACUACACAUCCUAAGAGUUGUGAGCUUUCCUUAAGGCAGAAGUUUCAUUUAGAAACAACACUUCUUGCAGUACAGUAAAUAGUCAUCGUACUUAUGUAUAUUGCAUAGUUGUGAUGCUAAAUGCUCAAGAAAUGCUGAUGCUUGUAAUUUAAAUCUUCUGGAGUAUUAUGUUAACUCCUUAUUUAUAUACUGUACACUUUUAUCGUAUAAAGAAUAUUAUCUGACGUGGGAAGCUGGUCUAAAGUAAAAUAUAUCAUAUUCCACCUAUUUCCUGGCCACCAUGACUGAAUUAUCUGGAAGAAAUGGGGAUAAGUUUUGCAGUUUCAGCAAAUUAUGUAUUAACUUGAGUACAUAUAGUAGAGUAUAAUUGCUAGUAAUAUAUCAGUUAUAAUAGUUAAAUUUUGCCCAUGUACUGAAGUGUGAUAGAAAAAAGAACAUUAGAAUCCACUUCUGGGACAGUAAUGCUACUGCACAAUAAUUUUGUUGCCCUGUUUCUCAGUUGCAAUCUCCAUUAGUGAUAGAAAAAUUCAAAUUGAUAUAAAGGUAUGGCCUACCACUUCCAUUUACAGUUGGCAUUCAUAUUUGUUUUCUUACUUUGUGAAUUCCUUUAUUGACAUGUAUAUGUAUAUUUGUAUUUUAAAUCUUUUUAGAUGUUAAUUUGGAAUUAUAUUCCUUUUAUUUUCUUUUCUUACUAGAUUUGAUUUGGCUUUGGUAGUUAAAUCUCUCAAAACAGUGAUUUCUGUAAAUCUUCCUAGUCUUUGAAUCAUGGUGUGAAAGUCUUUUCUUACUUUUUUCAAUAUUCAAUAAAAAAAAAAGACUAGUAGUUUUGUACUCUUAUUAUUUUAGUUUUUGUAUCAACUGUGUUUGUGUGCGAGUAUAUUUUGAAAUUUGUAAACUGGAAAACACCAAAGAAAUAGUUAUUGUAACUAAUUCAGCAUCAAAAUAUUUGAAUUGAAGAAGCAAAGUUGGUCUCUUAUGGCAGUCACAGAACUUAAUUACUUCCUUUAAGAUUUUAAGUAAGGUUUGUACAGCCCCUCUGUCAUUUAUUGUUCAGAAAGAAUUUAAAGUACUCCUAUGUUUGACAUCAAUCACUCAGUGGCUGGAAGAGAAUUUGUAUUUCUUGUGGACAUAUUUUUAUUCCUCAUUAUAACAAGUGUUUAGGGCAUUCUGCUUUCUUUCAUUGAUAGUGAAAAUAGUCUGUAGUUUAACUAGAAAUGCAAGAGGUGUCAGGUAGUAGUUACACCCUCUUGGUUUGGCUCUUCCUCUUGAUUGAUUCUGGAUGAAUACUUUUUAAUACCUAAGACUAAUGUGCUUAAAUAAGUAGAUUGCCAUAAUAGACCAAAAAUGAAUUAUAUAGAAUGUGAUACAAAUUUAUAUUUUCUCAUUAAUUUCAUGACUUUUUAAAUCUGAGCGAGGUAGUUGCAUGUUGCUCUAAAUUUCAAGUAGUAGGUUACAUUCACUGUAGGGUGUCAUCAAUUGGUCUCAUUUCAUUGUUACAUAAUAUAAUUUCUUGUAAGUCACUUGGAAUUGCAUUUCCAAAAUAACCAGUGCAGCCAUCUUUUGAGAGAGCUGAACUGUAUCUAUCUCACCAAAGUGAUUAAAGAAUACUGUUUAUCAAGCAAAUUGAACAAAAAAAAUUUUUUUGCAGUAUAGAUCAAUUCAAUUUUCUUUUCCAUAGAGGACCUGGAGUCACCUUGGGACUAGAAUUGUAAUUCCAUAGUGAAGCUCUUAGUAUACUGGAGCAUAGGAUGCAACCCAAGUUUAAAGGAUGUUGGUUAAAAGACAUUUACUCUUACAUACUAAAAAGUUAGUUUCCUACCUAAUUGUCCAGUUUCUUAGUGUUUUUCUUAUUCUUUUGAUUUGCAUUAAAUCUUUGUCCAAUUUAUACCAAGGAUAUUUCAUGGAU